AUGCCUGGGCCGCGCGCCCCGGGGACGCCCCCCGGGCCCGGGGAGCGCCGGUCGCUGCUGGAGCGCAGGCCGCGGGGACCCCGGCGGUGGCGGCGGGUGGCAGCGGCCGUGGUGCUGCUGGUGCAGAUGCUGGAGCGCGCCGCCUUCUUCGGCGUCGCGGGCAACCUCGUGCUCUACCUCAACAGCGUGAACCUCCAGUGGGACGGCGGGCAGGCGUCGAGCGCUGCGCUCGUCUUCCUGGGCGCCUCCUACCUGCUGGCACCGGUGGGCGGCUGGCUGGCCGACGUGUACCUGGGCCGUUUCCGCGCCAUCACCCUCAGCCUGCUGCUCUACCUGGUCGCCUCCAGCCUGCUGCCCGCCACCGCCGUCCCCGAUGGCCGCCGCUCCUUCUGCGGCGAGCUGCCCGAGUCGCCGCUAUCGCCCGCCUGCCCGUCGCACGGCUGCGCGCGCCCCUGGCACCCUCCCUACUGCGCGCCCACUCUCUACGUCUGCCUGCUGCUGCUCGCCCUGGCCGCCAGCUCCGUCAGGAGCAACCUCACCUCCUUCGGGGCCGACCAGGUGAUGGACCUCGGCCGCCACGCCAGCCGCCGCUUCUUCAACUGGUUUUACUGGAGCAUCAACGUGGGUGCAGUGCUGGCGCUGCUGGUGGUGGCCUUCAUCCAGCAGAACAUCAGCUUCCUGGUGGGCUACAGCAUCCCCGUGGGCUGCAUGGGCCUGGCCUUCUUCGUCUUCCUCUUCGCCACCCCCGUCUUCAUCACCAAGCCCCCCACGGGCAGCCAAGUGUCCUCCAUGCUGAAACUUGCUCUCCAAAACUGCUGUCCGCGGCUGUGGUGCCGGUACUCUGCCAGGGACCCUCAAGAUGCCCAACUGCUACCCGACCAGCAGUCCCCCUGGCCCGGCCCUUCCCCCCAGGAGGACGUCGCCAACUUCCGGGUGCUGGUGAAGAUCCUGCCCGUCCUGGUGACCCUGGUGCCCUACUGGAUGGUGUACUUCCAGAUGCAAUCCACGUAUGUCCUACAAGGCCUUCACCUCCACAUCCCGAACAUUUUCCCAGGCUAUCCUGGCAACAGCUCCGUGGCUCUGGGAGCCCAGAACAGUGACUACAAGAUCCCGGAAGCCUGGCUCCUCCUGGCCAACGUGGUGGUGGUGCUGAUCCUGGUGCCCGUGAAGGACCACGUGCUCGACCCUUUGCUGCUGAGGUGCAAGCUGCUUCCCUCGGCUCUGCAGAAGAUGGCCCUGGGGAUGUGCUUCGGUUUUGCCUCCGUUGUUGUGGCAGGAUUCCUGGAGAUGAAGCGCUUAGACUACAUUCAUCACAACCAGACGGUGUCCCAGCAGAUCGGAGAAAAUAUGUACUAUGCAGCACCACUGUCCAUCUGGUGGCAGAUCCCCCAGUACCUGCUCAUCGGGAUCAGUGAGAUUUUCGCCAGCAUCCCAGGGCUGGAGUUCGCCUACUCCGAGGCCCCGCGUUCCAUGCAGGGCGCCAUCAUGGGCAUCUUCUUCUUCCUGUCGGGGGUGGGCUCGCUGCUGGGCUCCAGCCUGGAGGCUCUGCUGUCACUGCCCGGCGGCUGGUUGUACUGCCCCAAGGACCACGGGAACAUCAACAACUGCCAGAUGGACCGGUACUUCUUCCUGCUGGCCGGCAUCCAGGCCGCCGCUGCCCUCCUGUUCACGUGGAUCGCUCGUCGCUAUGAGAGGGUUGCUCAGGGCCCAGCCUCCCAGAGCUGUGGCAGCAGGGACAGGGGCUGACACGCCCCCCCUUUUCACCCGCUUGAUUCUCUCCGUGGGAAAAAAGACAACAGUCAUCGCGCCGGG